GUUCAUAGCCAGACGCCAGUGCAAUAGACGUAUAAAGUUAUACCGCAGUUCACCAAAAUCCAUAACUGCGAAAAGACCAGUUUUCGUUCUUUCGUGCGCAUCUUCGCCCUGAUUGGCGAUACUCCCAAACGAAGUGAAGCGAUUGGCGGAGAGUUCGCUACGUUCCCCCACCAUCUUCCAAUCUGCGCAUCUCAGUUAUGGACUCUAGUGAACUGCGGUAUACGUAAAAAUGUGUAAUCAUAUUGAAUUGAAGCUACAUGAAAACUAGCCAAAGUAAUGGAUAAAAUAGGUAGCAAGAAAAUGGCGUCAUUGCUAGCGAAUCGUUACAGUUUGUAAUACUUGUGCGCUGUAGUCUAUGCCUGCUGUAUCUCGUCAUCAUUCGUCUGACAGCUCAUCCAAGAGCGGGGAUCGGCCGAUCACCCGCUCAAAAUCUUAAAGAUUUUGUGAUACAGAAUAACGUGGGAUGGGUGACUCCUUGGACGGCUCCGGGGAUGCGUCACCGGAGUCUCAGAUUGUUACAGUCGUAGACUAUUGGGCGUUUUCUAAUUAUUUAAAAAAGAUCGUAACGGUCCUUCUACCCGAUGAAGAUGUGGUACCAUCCCCCUUCAAUUCCGCACUCGAAAAUACAACCAAUCAAGAAUGUAUAAAAAAAUUCUUAAGUGACCCACAAGUGUGGGCACUUACUAUACAAAGGAGUUCUACUAAAGAAGAAGAUAACAAUGAAGCAGACGAAGAAAAAGAAAAUGUUUCUUUCUAUAUCUCAAAUGAAAUUCAUUUCAGUAGUCCAAAAAUGGCCUCCUUAGUUCUAACAAAGCGUGCAGCAGUAGUUGAAGCUGAUAAAACUAUCCAUUCGCAAUUGCGUAUAGUCACUUUUUCUGAUGGACCACCGUAUGAAACGUUGCAUGCGAUAAGUAAAACCAUGGCUCCAUACUUUAAAAGCUAUGUGAAAGAAACAGGUCGCGCGGAUAGAGACGGUGAUAAAAUGGCACCAUCUGUUGAAAAGAAAAUAGCAGAAUUGGAAAUGGGUUUAUUGCAUUUGCAACAGAACAUAGACAUCCCUGAAAUUUCAUUACAAAUUCAUCCUAUUGUCGCGCAAAUAAUUAAACAAUGCGCAGACGAAAAUCGCAAGCCCAAAGUUGCUGACUUUGGCGAUAAAGUCGAAGAUUCAACGUUCUUGAAUCAGCUACAAAAUGGUGUGAACAGAUGGAUAAAGGAAAUUCAGAAGGUUACCAAAUUAAAUCGCGAUCCAGAAUCAGGUACUGCUCUGCAAGAAAUUUCUUUCUGGUUAAAUUUAGAAAGAGCCCUACAUCGAAUACAAGAAAAACGGGAGAGUAUCGAAAUAUCUUUGACUCUGGAUAUACUUAAACAUGGUAAAAGAUUCCAUGCAACGGUUAGCUUUGACACAGAUACUGGCCUACAGCAAGCCUUAGCUACUGUCAAUGAUUACAACCCAUUAAUGAAAGAUUUUCCGAUCAAUGAUCUAUUGUCAGCUACCGAACUCGAGAGAAUACGUACUAGCGUUCAACAAAUCUUUAUGCACCUGAGAAAGAUAAGAAGCACAAAAUAUCCUAUUCAAAGGGUAUUGAGAUUGAUAGAAGCUAUUUCCAGAGAUUUAGGACAGCAGCUUCUUAAAGUCCUGGGCACAAGAAGAUUGAUGCACAUUCCAUUUGAUGAAUUUGAGAAAGUCAUGAGACAGUGUUUUGAAGUAUUUAAUACCUGGGAUGAUGAAUAUGAAAAAUUAACUGGAUUGUUAAGGGAUAUCGUUAAGAAGAAGCGUGAAGAACAUAUGAAGAUGGUAUGGAGGGUUUCACCGGCGCAUAAGAAAUUACAAACUAAAAUGGAGCAUAUGCGACAUUUCCGUCGACAGCACGAACAGCUCAGAACAGUUAUUGUUCGUGUACUUAGACCCACCGUUCGGCAAAAUAAUAAUAAUGCCGCGAUGGAGAAUCCAGAUAACGACAAUGUAAAGGUUGAAUUUGCUUUAGAUACAGCGGAUGCAAACGCUAUCAGCGAAGUAAAUUUAGCCUAUGAGAACGUAAAAGAAAUUGAUUGUCUUGAUAUCACUAAAGAAGGUCUCGAAUCUUGGAAAGCUGCUGUUCAUAGGUACGAAGAACGUAUCGAAAGAGUCGAAGCAAGAAUCACGGCACAUCUCCGAGAUCAGUUGGGUACUGCAAAGAAUGCAAAUGAAAUGUUUAGAAUUUUUUCUCGCUUUAAUGCCCUUUUCGUAAGACCUCAUAUUCGAGGCGCUAUUAGAGAAUAUCAAACACAGUUGAUUCAAAGAGUAAAAGAUGAUAUCGAAGCUUUACACGAAAAGUUUAAGGUUCAAUAUGCGCAAAGUAAAUGCUGCAGGAUGAGUACAGUCAGAGAUUUGCCACCUGUUGCCGGUUCUAUUAUUUGGGUUAAACAGAUAGAUUAUCAACUCACAAUGUACUUAAAACGCGUUGAAGAUGUCUUAGGAAAAGGAUGGGAAAGUCACAUCGAAGGACAGAAAUUGAAAGCAGAUGGUGAUAGUUUCCGCAUGAAAUUGUCGACUCAGGAAAUUUUCGAUGACUGGGCACGUAAAGUACAACAAAGAAAUCUCGGCGUUACCGGGAGGAUUUUUACGAUAGAUAACGUACGAUCACGAACAGGCCGUGGCAAUGUAUUGAAAUUGAAAGUGAAUUUCCUUCCCGAGAUCAUUACAUUGUCGAAGGAAGUAAGAAAUCUGAGAAAUCUUGGCUUUCGUGUACCACUUCCAAUCGUGAACAAAGCGCACCAGGCCAAUCAAUUGUAUCCCUUUGCGAUCAGUUUGAUCGAGAGCAUCAGAACUUACGAAAGAACACUGGAAAAGCUUACCAAUCGGAGUCCUCACUGCCCCGCACUGAAGAUCGAAGAUAAGGCUAGUAUUAUACCGUUGGUAGCCGGAAUGCGAAAUGACGUAUUAUCGCUUAUUUCUGAAGGAAUCGCUUUGAUUUGGGAGAGUUAUAAAUUGGAUCAGUACGUGCAACGUCUUUCCGAUGCUGUUGUUUCCUUCCAAGAAAAGGUUGAAGAUCUCGUUGUGGUCGAAGAACAAUUGGACGUCGACGUUCGGUCUCUUGAAACAUGCCCGUAUUCGGCAAACACGUUUGCUGAUAUACUUUCGAAAAUUCAGAAAGCUGUAGACGAAUUGUCCUUGAAAAAUUAUUCAAAUCUAACGAUAUGGGUGUCUAGACUCGACGAAGAAGUGGAAAAGAAUUUAGCAGCUAGAUUAGAAGCUGGGAUAAAAGCUUGGACUGACGCGCUUACUGGUCAAAAGAAAGAAGUGGACGUGAGUAUGGAUACAGAUGCGCCAUCUCAUCCCACUCAUAAACCUGGUGGCGAUCCGAUUAUUCAGCACCAAAUUCACGAAGUUCGUAUAACAAAUCAAACAAUGUAUUUAUAUCCGAGUAUCGAGGACGCAAGAUUCCAAAUAAUGCAGCAAUUAUUUGCAUGGCAAGCCAUUGUCACUUCUCAAGUUCGACUUCAAAGUUCAAGAUAUCAAGUUGGUUUAGAUAAACUCGAGUCGGGUACUUACAGGAAUUUACUUACAAAGUUACCUACUGGAAAACAGCCUUUGGAGGCAGCGUACGAAGCCGUUGAAUCGAAAAUGAAAGAUGUUGCUGAUUAUGUAGAUCAAUGGCUACGUUAUCAAGCUCUCUGGGAUUUGCAACCGGAUAAUUUAUACGGUAAAUUAGGAGAGAAUAUAAAUUUGUGGAUGAAAUGUUUAAAUGAUAUCAAGAAAAGUAGAACAACAUUCGACACAUCGGAUACCAGGCGCGAGUUCGGUCCUGUUAUUAUAGAUUUUGCGAAAGUACAAAGUAAAGUGUCUUUAAAAUACGAUUCAUGGCACAAAGAAACUUUGGGUAAAUUCGGUACCCUUCUUGGCAACGAAAUGGCAAGUUUCCAUGUACAAGUAUCAAAAUCCAGGAGCGAUCUGGAACAACAAUCUAUCGAAGCUGCUAGUACUUCGGAUGCCGUUGGAUUUAUAACUUACGUCCAAUCUUUGAAACGUAAAAUGAAAGUUUGGGAGAAACAAGUUGACAUAUAUCGCGAGGGUCAGAGAAUACUGGAGCGUCAAAGAUUCCAAUUUCCAUCAUCCUGGCUUCAUGUGGAUAACAUAGAAGGAGAAUGGGGUGCAUUUAAUGAAAUAAUUAAGAGGAAAGACACGAGUAUACAAACACAAGUUGCUUCGUUGCAAAUGAAAAUUGUUGCCGAAGAUAAAGCGGUUGAAAUAAGAACUACCGAUUUCUUAAGCGACUGGGAAAGAGGGAAGCCAGUCGAGGGUCAUCUACGACCAGACGAUGCGUUGCAACAGCUGCAUCUGUUUGAAAGCAAGUUCGCCAGAUUGAAAGAAGAAAGGGACAAUGUAGCGAAAGCUAAAGAAGCUUUAGAAUUGCAAGAACCAGGUGGAGUGUCCACUAGCGAAGAUAGAAUGCAAGUGGUAUUCGAAGAACUUCAGGAUUUGAGAGGAGUUUGGUCAGAAUUAUCAAAAAUAUGGGCGCAGAUCGAUGAAACGCGAGAGAAACCUUGGUUGUCCGUUCAGCCGAGAAAAUUACGUCAACAACUAGACACAAUGAUGGCGCAAUUAAAAGAACUACCAGCCAGAUUGAGACAAUAUUCCUCUUAUGAAUAUGUUAAGAAGAUGCUACAAAGUUACACAAAAGUUAACAUGUUAAUUGUGGAAUUAAAAUCUGAUGCUUUGAAAGAGAGGCAUUGGAAACAAUUGACAAAGCAACUUCGAGUAAACUGGGUACUAAGCGAACUUACUCUUGGUCAAGUUUGGGACGUUAAUCUUCAGAAAAACGAAGGAAUAGUAAAAGACAUCAUCCUUGUUGCUCAAGGUGAAAUGGCACUCGAAGAAUUCUUAAAACAAGUCCGAGAAUCUUGGCAAACGUACGAAUUGGAUUUAAUAAAUUAUCAAAACAAGUGUAGAUUGAUCCGCGGUUGGGAUGAUCUGUUUAACAAAGUUAAAGAACACAUCAAUUCAGUCGCUGCUAUGAAACUAUCACCUUAUUACAAAGUAUUUGAAGAAGAAGCAUUAACUUGGGAAGAAAAAUUAAACAGGAUCAACGCGUUAUUCGAUGUAUGGAUUGAUGUUCAGAGGCGUUGGGUUUACCUGGAAGGCAUUUUUUCAGGAAGCGCUGACAUUAAAACAUUGCUACCCGUUGAAACAUCUCGCUUCCAAAGUAUCAGUUCAGAGUUUCUGGGUUUAAUGAAAAAGGUAUCGAAAUCUCCGAUGGUGAUGGACGUUUUAAAUAUUCCUGGCGUACAGAGGGCACUCGAACGUUUAGCUGAUUUACUUGGAAAGAUACAGAAAGCUUUGGGAGAGUAUCUCGAGAGGGAACGCACAUCGUUCCCACGAUUUUAUUUCGUAGGAGAUGAAGAUCUGUUAGAAAUAAUCGGUAACAGUAAAAACAUUGCAAGAUUACAAAAACACUUUAAAAAGAUGUUCGCUGGUGUAGCAGCUAUUCUUUUAAACGAAGAUAACACCGUUAUCACCGGUAUAGCUUCUCGCGAAGGGGAAGAAGUGCUUUUCCAAAACCCAGUAUCUACCGUUGAUCAUCCGAAGAUCAACGAAUGGUUGACUCUUGUGGAAAAAGAAAUGAGAGUUACAUUAGCAUCGAGUCUCGCAAGAGCAGUACAAGACAUCAAACAAUUCAAAGAUGGAAAUAUUAAUCCUCAAGCAUUUAUGACAUGGUGUGAUAACUAUCAAGCUCAAAUUAUAGUUCUGGCUGCUCAGAUUUUAUGGUCAGAAGACGUUGAAGCAGCUCUGCACGAAGCACAGAACGAUCCAAGUAAAAACCCCUUGGAAAGAGUGUUACUUCAAGUUGAGGGUACAUUAAAUGUUUUAGCAGACUCUGUUCUUCAAGAACAGCCUGCUUUAAGGAGGAAGAAGCUAGAACAUUUAAUCAACGAAUUUGUACAUAAACGCACGGUAACAAGGAGAUUAAUUGCGAAUAAAGUUUCCAAUCCAAAAGCAUUUGAAUGGCUAUGCGAGAUGAGAUUUUACUUCGACCCAAGGCAAACCGAAGUUUUGCAGCAACUUACAAUACACAUGGCAAACGCGAAAUUCUUUUAUGGAUUUGAGUACUUGGGUGUCCAAGAUAGAUUGGUUCAAACACCAUUGACAGAUAGGUGCUAUUUAACUAUGACUCAGGCUUUGGAAGCUCGUCUCGGUGGUUCUCCCUUCGGGCCAGCUGGUACAGGAAAAACUGAAUCGGUUAAAGCUCUGGGUCAUCAACUGGGAAGAUUUGUGUUGGUGUUUAAUUGCGAUGAAACAUUCGACUUCCAGGCCAUGGGUCGUAUCUUUGUUGGCCUUUGUCAAGUCGGUGCAUGGGGUUGCUUUGACGAAUUUAAUCGUCUGGAAGAGCGUAUGCUUUCUGCUGUUUCACAACAAGUGCAAACCAUUCAAGAAGCGUUGAAGAGUCAAAUGGAAGGGAAGAAGGAAGGAAUGCUCUGCGUAGAGUUGGUUGGAAAACAAGUCAAAGUAUCAACAGACAUGGCGAUCUUUAUUACCAUGAACCCAGGUUAUGCUGGACGAUCGAACCUUCCUGAUAAUUUGAAGAAACUAUUUAGAUCUUUAGCUAUGACUACUCCGGAUAGACAGCUAAUUGCCGAGGUCAUGCUCUUUAGCCAAGGAUUUAGAUCUGCUGAAAAACUAGCUUGCAAGAUUGUACCAUUCUUCAAAUUAUGCGACGAACAACUUUCUAAUCAGUCCCAUUAUGAUUUUGGUCUUCGAGCACUUAAAUCUGUACUUAUAUCUGCUGGUAAUGUAAAACGCGAUCGUAUCCAAAAAAUUAAGGAAGGUAUGCACAGUCGUGGCGAGACUAACAUCGACGAAGCUUCAAUCGCCGAGAAUUUACCAGAACAAGAAAUUCUUAUUCAAUCCGUUUGCGAAACUAUGGUACCGAAAUUAGUCGCUGAAGAUAUUCCAUUGUUGUUCAGCUUACUGAACGAUGUAUUCCCGAAUGUAGACUACUAUCUUGCUGAAAUGAAAGGACUGAAAGAGCAGAUCAGGAAGGUAUGCAUGGAAGAAUAUCUUGUGUGCGGCGAAGGUGACGAACCAGGAGGAGUAUGGCAAGAAAAGGGAAUUGUCUGUGAGACCUGGGUAGAAAAGGUACUUCAACUUUAUCAAAUUUGUAAUCUAAAUCAUGGAUUGAUGAUGGUCGGGCCAAGCGGUUCCGGAAAAACAACGGCGUGGAAAGUGCUUUUGAAAGCAUUGGAAAGAUACGAAGGAGUUGAGGGUGUCGCACACGUGAUCGAUCCUAAAGCUAUCAGCAAGGAAACAUUGUACGGCGUGUUGGAUCCAAAUACACGUGAAUGGACGGAUGGUCUUUUCACGCAUAUUCUUAGAAAGAUCAUAGACAACGUAAGAGGGGAAAUUAACAAACGACAAUGGAUUAUAUUCGAUGGCGACGUUGAUCCAGAAUGGGUUGAAAACCUGAAUUCAGUACUGGACGAUAACAAAUUGCUCACGUUGCCGAACGGCGAACGUUUAAGUUUACCACCAAAUGUUAGAGUUAUGUUCGAAGUACAGGAUCUAAAAUAUGCUACGUUAGCUACAGUUUCUCGUUGCGGUAUGGUUUGGUUCUCCGAAGAUGUGCUUUCAACAGAAAUGAUAUUUGAAAACUACAUGCUACGUUUGGAGAACAUCCCACUGGAAGAUGGAGAGGAAGACAAUCUUAGCAAAAAGGCAGCAGAAAAAGAUGAUACUUUGUCCCCUGCAUUGUCGGUGCAACGAGAAGUUGUUAGCAUUUUACAAAGCUAUUUCGCUCCAGAUGGUCUGGUAGUAAGAUGCUUAGAGUAUGCCAUGAAACAAGAACAUAUAAUGGACUUCACGCGUUUACGAGCAUUAAGCUCUUUAUUCUCCAUGCUGAAUCAAGCUGUACGCAAUGUUUUACAAUAUAAUCAUUCGCACACCGAUUUUCCUUUGCCAAGCGAGCAACUGGAACGUUAUAUGCCAAAGUGUUUAGUGUACGCGUUACUGUGGAGUUUCGCAGGAGAUGCGAAAUUAAAAGUUCGAUCCGAUUUAGGAGAUUUCGUUAGGUCCAUCACAACUGUACCUCUACCAACUCAAAGCAAUAUUCCUAUUAUUGAUUUCGAAGUCAGCAUUCAUGGUGAAUGGUUACCUUGGAGUAAUAAAGUUCCACAGAUAGAGGUAGAAACGCACAAGGUCGCCAGUCCUGACAUAGUUGUACCUACAUUGGACACUGUAAGACACGAGAGUCUACUUUACACGUGGCUGGCAGAGCACAAACCAAUAGUACUCUGCGGACCACCGGGAUCCGGUAAAACCAUGACACUCUUCUCCGCCUUACGAGCUUUACCCGACAUGGAGGUUGUUGGUCUUAAUUUUUCAUCGGCUACUACACCAGAGCUGCUGCUCAAAACUUUCGAUCAUUAUUGUGAAUAUCGUAAGACACCAAACGGUGUUGUACUUUCUCCGGUGCAAUUGGGCAAAUGGCUGGUCCUAUUCUGUGACGAAAUCAAUUUACCUGACAUGGACAAUUACGGAACGCAGCGUGUAAUUUCAUUCCUGAGACAAUUGGUAGAGCACAGAGGGUUCUACAGAACGAGCGAUCAAGCAUGGGUUACUUUGGAAAGAAUCCAGUUCGUUGGUGCUUGCAAUCCUCCAACAGAUCCUGGUAGGAAACCUCUUAGCCAUAGGUUCCUGCGGCACGUUCCAGUGAUCUAUGUCGAUUAUCCUGGAGAAACAUCUUUGAAACAAAUCUAUGGAACUUUCACGCGAGCUAUGCUUAGGUUAACACCUUCCUUGCGAGGCUACGCGGAACCAUUAACAAAUGCAAUGGUAGAAUUUUACUUGGCUUCGCAAGAAAGAUUUACUCAAGAUAUGCAACCGCACUAUGUUUAUUCUCCACGUGAAAUGACUCGAUGGGUGCGCGGAAUCUGUGAAGCUAUAAGACCUCUCGAUAAUUUGUCGGUCGAAGGUCUAGUGCGUUUGUGGGCACACGAAGCUCUUCGCCUCUUCCAGGACAGACUCGUGGAAGAUUCUGAGAGAACUUGGACCAAUAAGAAUAUAGACACCGUUGCUAUGAAACACUUUAUGAGCGUUGACAACGAGAAAGCACUAGCUAGACCUAUCUUAUAUAGCAAUUGGUUAUCUAAAGAUUAUGUACCAGUUAAUAGACAAGAAUUGAGAGACUACGUUAGAGCAAGAUUGAAAGUAUUUUAUGAAGAAGAACUGGACGUGCCUUUGGUGCUGUUUGACGAAGUACUUGAACAUGUUCUGCGGAUUGACAGAAUUUUCCGACAGCCUCAGGGACACUUGUUGCUUAUCGGUGUUUCUGGAGCUGGCAAGACAACUCUGUCCCGAUUCGUUGCAUGGAUGAACGGUUUAUCCAUAUUCCAAAUAAAGGUUCACAACAAAUACACUGGGGAAGAUUUUGACGAGGAUUUGCGUCAAGUAUUAAGGCGAUCUGGUUGUAAAGAUGAAAAAAUUGCAUUCAUACUUGAUGAAUCUAACGUAUUAGAUUCCGGUUUCCUCGAACGUAUGAAUACUUUACUUGCCAAUGGUGAAGUGCCUGGUUUAUUCGAAGGUGAUGAAUAUACAACGCUGAUGACACAAUGCAAGGAAGGAGCACAGCGCGAAGGUCUCAUGUUGGAUUCUAAUGAAGAAUUAUAUAAAUGGUUCACUGGUCAAGUGAUGAAGAAUUUGCACGUAGUAUUCACCAUGAAUCCUAGUACGGAUGGACUUAAAGACCGAGCUGCAACGUCACCUGCAUUAUUCAAUAGAUGCGUGUUGAAUUGGUUUGGCGAUUGGUCAGACAACGCACUUUUCCAAGUUGGCAAGGAGUUUACCAGUCGGGUAGAUUUGGAAAGACCUUCGUGGAAAUGUCCGGAUUUCUUCCCCUCUGUUUGCUCUUUAAUUCCAGCGCAACCCUCGCAUAGAGAUGCUGUGAUUAAUGCAUGUGUAUACGUGCACCAAACUUUGCACAAAGCCAAUGCUAGGCUUGCGAAACGAGGCAGUAGAACCAUGGCUAUCACUCCGCGUCAUUAUCUAGACUUUAUCAAUCAUUUCGUGAAACUUUAUCAAGAGAAGAGAAGCGAUUUGGAAGAGCAACAGUUGCAUCUAAACGUUGGUUUAAGUAAAAUCGCUGAAACUGUAGAGCAAGUCGAAGAAAUGCAGAAGAGUUUGGCUAUAAAAUCUCAGGAAUUACACGCAAAGAACGAAGCUGCAAAUGCAAAACUGCGUCAAAUGGUUAAGGAUCAGCAGGAAGCAGAGAAAAAGAAGGUCCAAAGUCAAGAGAUUCAGCAACAACUAGCGAUACAAACAGUUGCUAUUAAUCAAAAGAGAGACGAUGUUAUGGCAGAUCUGGCACAAGUUGAACCAGCUGUCAUCGAUGCACAGAACGCUGUCAAGGGGAUUAAGCGGCAGUAUCUUGUCGAAAUUCGAUCGAUGGCAAAUCCUCCCAGCAUUGUAAAGCUGGCUUUAGAAUCUAUAUGCUUGUUACUUGAGGAAAAUGCUACCGAUUGGAAACAGAUUCGCACUACCAUUAUGAAGGAUAGUUUCAUACCGACCAUCGUCAACUUCAACACGGAGAACAUCACCGAUGAGGUGAGAGAAAAAAUGAAGAGUCGGUACUUGAGCAAUCCCGACUAUAAUUUUGAGAAAGUUAACAGAGCUAGUAUGGCUUGCGGUCCUCUCGUUAAAUGGGCUACUGCACAGAUCGAAUACGCAGAUAUGUUGAAGCGAGUAGAGCCCCUUAGGGACGAGCUCCACUCGUUAGAACGACAAGCUGAAACAAACAUGCAAAAGGGCGAGGAAGUAAAGAAUUUGAUCGCUCAAUUAGAGCAAAGUAUAGCUUCGUACAAAGAAGAAUACGCUCAGUUGAUAUCUCAAGCGCAAGCUAUUAAAGCAGACUUGGAAAGCGUACAGGCUAAAGUGGAUCGUUCUAUCGCUUUAUUGAAAUCUUUGGUGAUUGAGAGAGAACGAUGGGAAGCAACUAGUGAAACGUUUAAGAGUCAAAUGUCUACGAUCAUCGGAGAUGUUCUGUUGUCAUCUGCAUUCCUAGCCUAUGCUGGAUACUUCGAUCAACAUUAUCGACAAAACUUGUUCAGUACUUGGUGUCAACAUUUGCAACACGCAAAUCUUCAAUUCAGACCUGAUAUAGCGAGGACAGAGUAUCUUUCAAAUCCUGAUGAACGUCUAAGAUGGCAGGCCAAUGCUUUACCCACAGAUGAUCUUUGCACGGAGAAUGCAAUCAUGUUGAAACGGUUUAACAGAUAUCCAUUGAUCAUCGAUCCAUCCGGACAAGCGACAGAGUUUAUAAUGAACGAAUUUAAAGACCGAAAGAUUACGAAAACGAGCUUCUUAGACGACUCGUUUAGGAAGAACCUGGAGAGUGCUUUGCGGUUUGGUAAUCCGUUAUUGGUACAAGACGUGGAAAAUUAUGACCCAAUAUUGAAUCCUGUUUUAAACAGAGAAUUGAGGAGAACAGGUGGACGCGUGUUAAUUACUCUUGGAGAUCAGGAUAUCGAUCUUUCACCGUCUUUUGUAAUCUUCUUGUCCACGAGAGAUCCAACGGUAGAAUUCCCGCCAGAUAUCUGCUCUCGCGUUACCUUCGUCAAUUUCACUGUUACCAGGAGUUCUCUCCAAAGUCAAUGUUUAAAUCAAGUCUUAAAAGCCGAACGGCCGGACAUUGACGAGAAGAGAUCUGAUCUGUUGAAGCUUCAAGGCGAAUUCCACUUGAGAUUGAGACAACUCGAGAAAUCUUUGCUGCAAGCAUUAAACGAUGCCAAGGGAAAGAUCCUCGACGAUGAUUCUGUGAUAACUACGCUUGAAACUUUGAAACAGGAAGCAGCGGAUAUUAGUAAGAAGGUCGAAGAGACUGAUAAAGUUAUAGCAGAGAUUGAAACGGUCUCUCAACAAUAUAUGCCUUUGUCUCAAGCUUGUUCGAAUAUAUACUUCACAAUGGAUAGUUUGAAUCAAGUACACUUCUUGUACCAGUAUUCUUUGAAAAUGUUCUUGGACGUUUUCACCUCCGUUUUGUCUCAAAAUCCAAGACUAACGAAUAUAACUGAACACACGCAGAGACUUUCAGUUAUCACCAGCGAUUUGUUCUCUGCUUGUUACGAACGCGUUGCUCGUGGAAUGUUGCACACGGAUAGAUUAACGUUUGCAUUAUUACUAUGCAGGAUACACCUGAAGGGUAUCGCCACGGAAUCCACUUACGACAGUGAAUUUACAUUCUUCUUGCGAGGAAAGGAAGGCGUGCUAAACAUUCGUGGACCUAUCGCGCCUAAUUUAAGCUCCGAACAACAAGAAGCCAUGAUGCGAUUAAGCCUUAGACUACCAGCUUUCAAGAAGCUAGCCGAAAAGGUUCAAGAGAAUACAGAAUUCAACUCGUGGCUGCAAUCACCUACUCCCGAGACCUGUGUGCCAAAACUUUGGGACGAAGAGAAACCGUUGACGCCAACAGGAACAGCCAUGCAUCAGUUGCUGAUCAUUCAAGCAUUCAGACCUGAUCGCGUGAUAGCUGCUGCUACGUUAGUCGUUACUUCCGCCUUGGGAGAGACCUUCAUGGCUGCUGCAGAAUCAGAACUUGACUUUGCUUCUGUCGUUGAGAACGAAUUGAAAGCCGCUGUGCCCGCUUUACUUUGCUCCGUACCAGGCUUCGAUGCUUCCGGUCGGGUCGAUGAUCUGGCAGCCGAGUCAGGCAAACAAAUAGCCAGCAUUGCGAUAGGGUCCGCAGAAGGAUUCAAUCAAGCCGAUAGAGCGAUAAACAUGGCUGUUAAAGCUGGCAGAUGGGUAUUAUUGAAAAACGUGCAUUUAGCACCGCAAUGGUUGGUGCAACUUGAGAAGAAACUACACAGUUUACAACCGCAUGCCAGCUUCAGACUGUUUCUAACUAUGGAGAUCAAUCCAAAGGUACCGGUAAAUCUACUUAGAGCUGGUAGAAUAUUCGUGUUCGAACCACCUCCUGGAAUCCGAGCGAAUUUAUUGCGAACGUUCAGUACCGUGCCUGCAUCGCGUAUGAUGAAGGCACCAAACGAAAGAGCCAGACUUUACUUCCUUUUAGCCUGGUUCCACGCUAUCGUUCAAGAACGUCUUCGUUAUGCUCCUUUGGGAUGGGCGAAACAUUACGAAUUCAAUGAAAGCGAUUUAAGAGUAGCUUGCGACACUCUGGAUACAUGGAUAGAGACUACUGCUAUGGGUAGAACUAAUCUGCCCCCAGAGAAAGUGCCUUGGGACGCCUUAGUCACUCUACUUUCUCAGUGUAUAUACGGUGGUAAGAUUGACAACGAUUACGAUCAACGUCUGUUAGCAUCGUUCCUUCGUAAACUCUUCACUCCACGAUCUUUCGAAGCCGACUUUGCACUUGUCGCUAAUAUCGACGGUUUGCAAGCAAAUCAAAGACACAUCACCAUGCCGGACGGUACCAGACGCGAUCAUUUCCUCAAGUGGAUCGAGUCACUGACCGAUAGACAGACACCUUCCUGGCUUGGUCUUCCAAACAACGCGGAGAAAGUUUUAUUAACAACCAGGGGAACGGAUCUGGUGUCGAAGUUGCUCAAGAUGCAGCAACUAGAAGACGAGGACGAAUUGGCGUACUCUAACGAAGAAUCUUUGGAUACACCUAGAGAAGCAGAGGCUGAUGGUCGACCAUCUUGGAUGAGAACGUUACAUAAUUCAGCCUCGACGUGGUUACAGUUACUUCCAAAGAAUCUAGCAACACUUAAGAGAACCGUGGAGAACAUCAAGGAUCCUUUGUACAGAUACUUUGAAAGGGAAGUUAACAGCGGUGCUAAAUUACUGCAGGAUGUAAUUCAUGACUUGGAAGAUGUUGUUUUAAUUUGUCAGGGUAAGAAGAAACAAACCAAUUAUCAUAGAAUCAUGUUAUCAGAGUUGGUUAAAGGUAUUCUACCGGGUGGUUGGAGACGGUAUACUGUACCAAGAGGAUGUACCGUUAUUCAAUGGAUAACAGAUUUUAGCCACAGAGUAUCGCAAUUGCAAGAAGUAUCACGAUUAGUAUCUCAAGGAGGGGCUAAAGAAAUUAAAAGUUUCCCUGUUUGGCUUGGUGGAUUGUUAAAUCCUGAGGCAUACGUCACAGCGACGAGACAAUGUAUAGCGCAAGCUAACAGUUGGUCGCUCGAGGAACUUCAGCUGGAUGUAACAAUAGGAGACGGUGAUAACAUUGCAACGGACGAUUGUUCGUUUGCUGUGACUGGUCUGAAAUUACAAGGAGCACAGUGUAAGGAUAAUCAGCUGUAUCUGACUUCGACCAUAAUGACCGAUUUACCAGUUACCAUGUUGAGGUGGAUACGGUCUACCAGCGAUGAAGUACGAAAAGGGAAAUUGUCUUUACCCGUUUACCUAAACAGCACGCGUACCGAAUUACUAUUUACCGUUGAUUUAAAUAUUGCUCCUAGUCAAGAUCCUCACAGUUUUUACGAAAGGGGAGUCGCUGUUCUUACAUCUACCGCUUUGAAUUAAUAUUUUACGAAUUAGCUAAUUGUAACGUCUUCGAAAGCAAGUCUUUUGAGCGCAAUUUAACGUAUAACGAUAUAAAAUUACUUUGAAACAACUUAAUAUUGAUAGAAUCCACGGGUGGGCAAACGAAUAUCUGAUAGAUAAGUACUUCAUCUUUUCAUAGUGUAAAGUUUCUUGGAGAUAUUUAUUUAUCUAUUCAUUUUUAAUUAUUUAUGAAGCAACAUUUUCAGGCAUCCUGAACUUCGUUUAGCUAGACUAGUAUCUUUUUCUUUUUAACGCUUUCAGUCGCGUAGUCGUUUGCCCGUGUCUCUUAACGUACUAAACAAAUAUAUGAUAAAGAAAAUUAUUUAAUGCUUCAAAUGGAUUCUUUCUGCACAGCAUUCUCUUCGUGCAAUGAAAUGAAUUAUUCUAUUCUAUGAUUAGCAUAAUUGAAAAUGAUGCAAAACAUCUGUUCAAAAGUCGAUGUUUCGAUUACGAGAUUGUAACAUAUAUAGUUUAUUUAGUUUUGUAUACGUUCAAAAUUGAAACAUUGCUUUCUGUAACAAAGUUGCAUUACGUUUGCUUACGUGUAAGUACUAAAGUACUAUAGAAUUUACGUUACUUGAAUGGCAUCUAAUAAUGAAAGAAAGAUAUAUAGGCAUUACUAAAAAAAAAAAAAAAAAUAUAAAGGGAAAAACCGUUUAAAUGCUCCGUACUUUUUUUUUGUACUUUGUUUUUGCGACCAAUAAAAAAAAAGUAGCAACAUA